AUGACAAAUAGCAGCAAUCUGAAUGGAUACCAAUGCCUUACAGCAAUUCAUAGCGCUGUGGAGAGUGGAUAUCGACAUUUUGAUACUGCAUUUAAUCACGAAAAUGAAAGGCAGAUUGGAGAAGCGUUACGUACUCAAAUUCAAAUGGGUAACGUCUCAAGAGAAAAUAUUUUUUUAACAACUAAAUUAUGGAACAUUCAUCACGAUCCCCGAGAUGUACGCCGUAUAUGCGAGCACCAAUUGAACUUGUUGGGUUUCGAAUACAUCGAUCUUUAUCUCAUGCAAUUUCCCGUAGGUUACAGGCAUAUGUGUGAUGAGAUUCUUACACCUAUAAAUGAUAUCAGUGUGUUAACCACCGAUGUUGACUAUGUAGAUACUUGGAGAGCCAUGGAAGAACUGGUCAAACUAGGCUUGGUUCGAAGCAUAGGCCUGUCAAAUUUUAAUAUGGAACAGAUUCAACGUAUUAUACAAUGUAGUUCAUCAAAGCCUGUAGUUAAUCAAAUUGAGAUCUGGCCAGGUUUUAUGCAGAAAGAUCUUGUUGACUAUUGCCGAUAUAAUGGCAUAGUUGUAACUGCGUUUGCUCCAUUAGGACAGCCGAACCGAGAAAAACACACACCAAUAUAUUUUUUUUCCGAAGGAAUGAAACGACUUGUAAAGAAAUAUAAAAGAUCGGCAGCACAAAUUGUAUUGCGGUAUUUGGUGGACUAUGGCGUGAUCCCCAUACCAAAAGCGGGAAAUCCUUUGCACAUUAAGGAGAACCUAAAAAUUUUUGAUUUUAAAUUGGAAGAAAUCGAUAUACGUGCAUUACGUGGUAUUAAAUCAAAGGAACGUCUUGUGCAGUAUGAAAAUAUUAAAAACCAUAAAUUUUAUCCAUUCGAGCGCGAGGAUUAGCAAGAAGGAAUCACCCACAGUCUUAACAAUAGUACUGUACAUAUUGUAUCUAAAUUUAGUUAAUAUCUCAAUAUAAAAUAAUAAUAAGUAAAGAAUAAAAAAAUAUACAUGUUAAAACAA